UCUUUCCUCAAAUUCCCAUAUAUUUUUGUCAAAUUAAAUUGUGUAAAUGUAAGCCCAGGAGAGAGUUUUAAAACCAUCCCCACAUCCCAACCCCACCUUCAUCAGAAAGAGAGGGAAAACCAAACUACCAGAACUCUCUUUCUUUCAAGCACAUAUACAUCUCAUCUCUCAUCUCACUCUCACACUCUAUCACCAUCUCUCCCUCUCUCUUUGCAUAAAGUUCAAUCUGAAACUUUUCCAACCAAAAAGAAAAAGAAAAAGAAGGUGAUACCUGGAAAUUGAGGUGCAAAUUACAAUACAAAGAGAACAUAAAGAUGGGAACUUUAUUAAUGAAGCUCCAGCUUCAAGCUCUGUUCAUCGCAGUUUGCCUAUUUUGUUCCUCUUCCUGUCUCAAGAUCGGAGAGACUUGUUCCAAAGACAGCGAGUGCGACGCCGGGUUAAGCUGCCAAACAUGCGCUGCAAAUGGAAACACCCGACCCAGAUGUACCCGGAUUCAACCCACAAGUCCCACAUCGAAGGUGAAAGGUCUGCCAUUUAAUCGGUAUUCAUGGCUAACCACCCACAACUCAUUCGCUCAAGCUGGGGUGAGGUCAGCCACUGGGUCCUUGCUUGUUACUCCGAUGAACCAGAAUGACACCGUAGCCUCUCAACUCAAAAAUGGAGUUCGAGGGCUUAUGCUGGAUAUGUAUGACUUCAACAACGACAUCUGGUUAUGUCACUCAACUGGUGGCAAAUGUUACAACUUCACAGCAUUUCAACCUGCUAUUAAUGUGCUGAAAGAAAUUCAAGCGUUUUUGGAAGCAAACCCCUCGGAGAUUGUCACCAUUUUUAUUGAAGAUUAUGUAGAAUCUCCACAGGGCUUGACAAAGGUCUUUCAGGCAGCUGGGCUUAAAAAGUAUUGGUUCCCGGUUGAUCAGAUGCCAAAGAAUGGGGAAGAUUGGCCAACCGUGGAUGAUAUGGUUAAGAACAAUCUGAGGCUGGUGGUCUUCACCUCUAAGUCAGCUAAGGAGGCUUCAGAGGGAAUUGCUUAUGAGUGGAAAUACGUGGUAGAAAAUGAAUAUGGAAAUGGCGGGAUGACACCUGGUUCAUGUCCGAAUCGUGCUGAAUCAUCUCCCAUGAAUACAAAAUCUAGAUCACUAGUUCUCAUGAACUUUUUUCGCGGUUUCCCCAACGCAUCAGCGUCUUGCAUGGACAAUUCAGCUUCCUUACUGAGCGCAUCGAAAGGUUGUUAUGAAGCAGCAGGGAAACGGUGGCCAAAUUUCAUUGCUGUUGAUUAUUAUGAGAAAAGUGAUGGUGGGGGAGCCCCAGAAGCAGUGGAUGAAGCAAAUGGCCAUCUCACAUGUGGGUGUGACAGAAUUACAUAUUGCAAGGGAAAUGGUAGUAAUGCUAAUGCUACAUUUGGUCAAUGCGAUGUCCCAACACUUGCUCCGCCACCACCUGCGGCCGCCACCACCACCACCACCGCCACUCCUCAAUCUCAAUCUCCCAGUAACUUUGCUACAUCAGUCCAGUUGCUGUGGCUGUGUGGAACAAUUUUGGCUACGACUCUCUCAAUUUGGAUAUGAUUGUUACACUUUUUGCUUGCUACCUCGGUUGUAAUAUUUAAACCACAUGGACAUAAUUUUUGAGAAAAAAAUUUCAUGCCUCUAUUGUUCUGGGCCUUGAGGUAAAUAUCUAUUCGAAUAUUGUAACUAGUAAAAACUUUUGUACAGUCAAUUUUCUCUGCUCUUUUCAUUUA